AUGACUACCGGCCUGGAGGAGGGCGUUGUCAACCUCGAUGAGACCCUCACGGUGGAGUCCGCCAGCCUCGCAGAGGGAGCCCUUGUGCAGAGGCUACUGGAGCUCAAUGAUGAUGUGGAGGCGUUACGCGAGGAACUGGCUCGCUUGAACGACGGUGGCUCCCUUGCAGAGCUCCGACUCUUCGUUGAGAACGCGGGCAAGCUGCAGGCCAAAGCUGGCAUCCCGUCGCACCUCCUGAAGAAGGAGGCCCUGAAAGAGGCUGGCAUCCCCGUGGAGGAGGUGGAAGAGGCCCGGCGACUUUUGCUGGCCGUGACCGCCACCGAGGAGGACUUUGCAUACUCCUUUGAGUUUCACACGCACAGCCGCUUCUCAUUGUCGACGCUGCUUGGCAGAGGCGCGACAAGGCUCUCCAACGGCAGAGCUAAGACAGCUUCUGUCAAGUUGGGAGGAUCUGAGGACGCUCCGGGUGGAUGCAGCAUCUUUGGUCAUUGA